AAUUAUUUAAAUAAGAACUGGACCCUGAAUCCAGUAACACAUUUUGUUGAAAAAGAAACGGAUAAUCAGCAUGUGUGGAAUAUUCGAGAUUCGGGUGUGCAGUGUGUGGUAGGGAAUGGGGCGAGAGCGAUCAGACAGAGCAGACUUAUGUCGACGAGCGCCUCGGCCUCGGCGGCUGCGUCCACCGGCCAGAGGCAGCAGCACCAGCGCUAUGUGCCGCUCUACGCCGCAUCCAUCGCCAGCGAGCGGCAGCGACGGACACGGAUUCCCCCGCUCCGCCGCGCAGCAACAUUCCUCCUCUCUCGAGCGGGCCUAGCCUCCGCAUCGCUCUCUCGAAAUCCUCACUGGAGCGAGCUCAAGCCACUCUCGUCAUGGCACCUAGGCGGCGGCACAAGGUCGAGCUCGAGGCAGCUCUUGAGCACAGUGUGGGCGGCAGCCACACAGGAGAGUGGAUCCGGAGUGAGGCCGGUGGUGCGCAUGGUAAAGCCCAGCAUCCAAUUCAUCCGUGGCGUGGACGAGCUCGUCGUCCCGGACAUCUCUCUCACCCGAUCGCAGGACCAACGAAACGGGGUGGCCACCUUCGUCUUCGACCAGCCAUCGGUGUUUGAUUCCUCCCGAGAGAUGGGAGAGAUCACGGGCAUCUACAUGAUCGACGACGAGGGCGUGCUCCAGUCCGUGGACGUGAGCGCCAAGUUUGUCAACGGGAAGCCGGCCAAGAUCGAGGCCAAGUACGUGAUGAGGAACAUUGGCGAGUGGGACAGAUUCAUGCGCUUCAUGGAGCGCUAUGCCGCCGAAAACAACCUUGGGUUUGUCAAGAAAUGAAAACGAAUGUAAAACAAAAUUUUGAAUUCAAACAAUUCUAUUGUCCAA